UGCUUCCUUUUCUUAGUUGUUUUAGCACCCAAAAAAUAAAAUAAUUUGUUCUUUCUCUCUCUUUUUAUUUUCGCAUCUCAAUUCUUUGACGCAUCUUGCAAUAAUAAUAAAAAAAGGAAGGGCUCUAUUAUACUUUAACACAACCGGGCGCCAACCAGCAACUCUCUCUCUCUCUCUCUCUUUCCCCCUUUUCCUUUUUCCAAUUUCCCUCCAACAGCGAAAAAUACAACAACAGCGAACCAACAAAAGAAGCAAUCCAAUGCAAAAUAGUUGGCGCGGUCAAAGUAAUGGUAGUGCUGCUCAACGAUCUCCACCUCCAUUCGAUGGCGAGACCGUGAACAGUGAACCGUUACAAUUCGGCUCAGAGCCGUCAUUAACCAAAGUAUCUCUCUUUGGCGGCGACUCUUCCUUCAACAUGAUAUCCGACGAACUUUCAUUCCAUCCUUCCUCUUCGCCUCUUCCUUUGGACAUUGUUCCUACUGAAACAGCUGGUCUUGACGACGACGACGACGACGAAGAACAAGAAAGAACACCAUUGCCAAAUGAUAACAACAACCGGCAUCAACAACAGCAGCAGCUGCUGCUACAGCAACAACAAGAACGUUUAGAGGCACAAGUAGCUGCAGCAGCUGCUGCAAUCACACCACUUGAACACCAACACCAACAACAACAAAACCUAGGACUCUUGAACGAUCAUUCAAGUCUGUUUGAUCAAGAAAGUCGUCUCGAACAUCAAUUUGAACUGUUAUCCAUGGCUGACGCGAACGGUUACUCGGAAAGCAAUAUAAAUGAUGCGGUUGCCGCCAGUAGUAAACAAUUACGCAACGAUCAUGCUUCUGGUUAUCAUGGGCCCGUCGUCAAUGGCACCAACAACAACGAGUCGCAGAAAGAAAGAUCGACUACGUUGACGUUAAAAGAACAAGAAAAGACAAUCGACACGUUGAAAAAGGAAAACUUUGGAUUGAAGCUCAAAAUAUAUUUCCUUGAGAAACGUUUAGACGAUAUUUCGCCUGAUCAAGUGGACAAUGCACUCAAAGAGAAUGUGGAUCUCAAAGUCAGUAAUAAAACGCUGACACAAGAGCUGAAGAAAUACACAAAGAUGAUAUGGGAGUUAGAAUCAGCCAUGGAUAUUUUACAACGGAAUCAAAAGGCGUGUGAUUUACCGCAUGGCAUGUCGAGCGACGAACAGAUGGAAUACGAGACGGCGUUAACGAACGCGGCUCAAUCUCAAGAAGAAAACAAACGGUUGCACAAGAUGGUGGCGGAAUUAAAUGCGGAAAAUGCAAAGCUUCGUGUCAGGUCAUCGGCAUCAUCACCACGUCAUGCGAGCCCGAUUCGGAUCAGUCGAAGUAACAGUAAUGGUAGCAGACAUGCAGACACUGGUUACAACAACAACAAUGAUGAUGACGACAGCAGUGAUUAUUGGAUCAGUCAUCAUCAGCGUCGACCCCAGCCAAACAACAACAACAACAACAACAACAAGGACCAGGUCGAGAUGUACAGAAAAGAAUGGUUGCAAGCCAAACAAACGAUUGAACGACAAAACCAAACGAUCCAACUUUUGCGUGAAGAAAACGAGAUGCAUCAAAGUGCAACGACGUCAAGUGCUAGUGGAAAAGGUCGAAACCAGACACGGUAUACUUCGAAUGACAGUCUUGUACGCUCCAUCUUAUCUGAUCGCGAUGCAUAUGUAUCCAAGGCAGAGCACUUGCAAGACAACCUGAGUAGAAUGCAAGAACGAAAUUCCGAAGUCAUGGCACAAUUGUUAAACAAGAACAAAGAGUUGGACAGGAUGCAUGAGCACACGGACGAGCUGGUACGGUCGUUGCACGAUGCGAAGCAAAUGCUACGCGGCAAGACAAACGAGUGUCAGAAGCUGCGGGAAGAACUAGAAGACGCGUUGCAAAACCGACACAACAGCAGGACCAAGAAUGUUACUGAGCUUUUGGAGACGCUCGACGGAUUACGUCAGGAGAAUUCGGACCGUGCAAAACUUGUUGAGAAACUCAGAGCCGAGUUGGAGGAUAGUGACUACGUUCAUCGCAACCAAGUCGCAAAACUGGAUGCAGAAAUAGAGCGUCGCGAGCAAGAGUUCAUGGCAUUAGAGGCUCAGGUUGUCAAGGUCAUGAACCGUGCGGAAAAGUUAGAAGCGCGUGAUAAGGAAAAAGACAAACUGAUCAAAGAGCUCGAGCGCCGUAUCCACGAACAAUCUACAGCUAACAACAACAACAACAACAACUAUAACGACAACGACGAUAACGACAACGACGAGAAUUACGACGUUGACGAAGACAUUGAGCGUCUAGAAGAAGAGCUGAGGUUAAAGGACGAGCAGAUUGCCAAAUACGAACAGCAAUUGGAAGAAGUGGAUGCACACAACGAAACGGAUCUGAAUGCGCUCGAGGAUCGGUUCAUGCAAGUAGAACAAACAAUGCAGCACAAAGACGAUCAGAUCAAGGAACUUGAAGAAGAACUCGAAUCCAUGUUGCAAAAGACGCAGGAGGCCAAGAACCGUUAUGAAGAGGAUCUACAGAUGCUGGAGCGACAGUUUCAAGAGCUUGAGCAAGCCAUGCGUGAGCGAGACGUUCGAAUUGCAUCGUUGGAGGGCCAUUUAGAGGCACAGACGGACGCGGUCCAACGUGAAAAGGGGCUACACAAGGAAGAGAUCAAGGAGCUUGAGGACAAGUUGCGUGCAAUGGCGAAUUUGUUGCGUGAAAAGGACAUGUUGAUGGCCAAUAUGGAGACGCAAAUGGAACAUCGGGCGGCCGGUGCAAGGGAUGCGGCACAAGCUUAUGAAUCUGACCUGCAAGAUAUCAAAGAGCAACUCGGCUCUCGCAUGAUUGAGGCAGAAGAAGAGUGGGAGGUCAAAGUGACUGACUUGACAGAUCGGUUAAAGGCGACUGAGGAUCAGUUGAAAAAGGACCGUCGUCUUGCCAAUGAAAAGCUUACCGAGGCAGUCAGCGCAAAACGAACACUACAGCAAAAACUAGAAAGUGCAAACAAAAAGAAUGGUCUGUUGAAUGAUCUUUUGGAUCAGUAUCAACGAUCGUCAGAGUCAAAGUAUGGAUCAAGGAGUUCGACAAUGUCGUCAUCUCAGGCACAGAUGGCGCUUACAAAACUCAAUCAGGAACUGCAACGUGAGAUUGAGGAACGCGAUCGGGCGUUGCAGCACGAAAGUGCGCGACUGCAGGAAUGUGAAUUAGAUUGUGGGCGACUGGCCGAAGAACUCGAGCAGGUCGAACAAGAAAAAGAUCAGCUGAACGAACUGUUGACACGACGCAAUAGCAUGAUCACGCGGUUAUUCGAAAGAUUGGAGAGUACCAACGAGCGCAAGGCUGUGAUGGAAAGUGUGUUGUUGCGACAGGCAACGGAUGAAGUCAUUGACAACACCAGCAGUGGCAGUAGCGGCCAUGGCAGUCUCCACAACCACCACAACAGACGCGCUGAUUCUGCAAUGAGUUCGCGGUAAAGAUGAUGAUGAUCUUUUCGCUUUAUAUAUAUACACAUAUACACGCACACAUAGUUACUCAAAUCAUCCUGCAUCAUCCACAUCUGUACAUAAUACUGGCAAACUUUGCUUAAUAUACCCACCCUUCACUGUGAGUUUUUAGUUGUGUGUUGAUGCGUGUUGAUAAAACAUGCGUGUUUCGAAGAGAAUGAGCCAAUGAGCGCUCUCAUGAAGUCCACCCCCAAAUAACAGGGAACGAUAAGAUGAAGCAAUUCAUUGGCUCAAGAUAAUGGACGAUAGCUCCGCGUCAAAGAGCAUAAGCUUUUUUUUUUUUUUUU